UGUUGCCAAGGGGGCCAGGGAGGCAGGGAGGGAAGACGUGGGAGGCGAAACGCCCGGAAUUUGGUUUUGGAGGGAAAUCACGCGCGAUUUCCCUCUCCCACCAAAACCUCCCAUAUCUGCUUCAAACGCGGCGAGAGAUCGGAGACUGAAGCGGCGCACGAACAAGGCUGAUAGCCCAAGCACCGCGCGCCUAGAUUCCCUGUCCCUUCCGCCCGCCGCCCUCCGCGCGCGCAGCGAGGAGCGGGCGGUCUCCGCCUCCGCCGUCGCCGUCGAACGCACGUCCACGCGCUGUGAGAAGCAUCCGGCCUCCGCCUCGGCCUGCGGCCUGCCAUCGCCGUCACUGUCGACUGCACGGUUCUCAGCUCCUGAUCUUUGUGGUCCUCUCCCUUUACUCCGUGAAUUUCGUGUGGUUCUGGUUUUUUGGAGCACGCCUCCUUAACAAAAUGCCGUGGCCAGAAUCUGGAAACAGUAUCGUUUUGUUCGGGUUUAUCGUGGCGCUUGUUCCAUUUGGUUGUAAGUUCUCGUGGUGAUCACACUGGGUUUAAUCAGAGAAGUGGUGACCUACAUGAUUUGAUGACACUUGGGGGCAAAGGGUGUGCGUUAGAGGAGCUAGCCUCUCAGGAGCUUGAUGAAAACAAACCAUAAAAUUUGCUGUUGGAGUACUCCACAAGAUUGACAGCUAAUUCCUCGUCCUCAGUUCAUCACAAUGGAAUGCAACAAGGAAGAAGCUUCAAGAGCUAAAGAACUUGCUGCAAUAAAGCUGCAACAAGCAGACUAUGUUGGUGCCAAAAGAAUUGCUCUCAAGGCUCAACAGCUUUUCCCUGGCCUUGAAAAUAUUUCUCAGCUGCUAACUGUCUGUGAAGUUCAUUUCUGUGCUGCUGUUAAGAUCAAUGGGGAGACUGACUGGUAUGGAGUUCUUCAAGUAGAAACAACUGCAGAUGACAUGUUUAUCAAGAAACAGUACCGCAAACUUGCUCUCUUACUUCAUCCAGAUAAGAACAAGUUUACGGGUGCUGAAGCUGCUUUUAAGCUAAUUGGAGAAGCUCACAUGAUACUGACAGACCAAGUAAAACGCUCGUUUCAUGACUCAAAGAGGAAAUCGGUUAUCGCAAGUUCUGCUUCUUUACCAAAGAAGCGCGGACAGUCAUCAAAGAAAACUGAUCAUGUUGCUAACAGGGCCAACAAAGCGAACAUUGAUUCCCCGGAACGCAAGAACAAACCACAACAGCAGGCAGGAUGCUUUGCUGGAUAUUCAACUUUCUGGGCCAUUUGCUUGGCUUGUGGAACAAAAUUCCAGUAUCCAUAUACUUUGUUGAUGAAAGUUCUACUGUGUCAGAUCUGUUCCAGGAGUUUCCUUGCCUAUGAUUUGUCUCAGAAACCUUCUGUCCGAGUGGAAACAUCGCAUCCAUGUAGUGGAUUCCGGAUGCAGCAGCAAAUGGUCCCUCCGAGUCAACAGGGCCAUGUCACUGAUCAACAGAGCAACUAUCAGCGUGUCCCUGGUCAGCAAAAUCAUGUCACCAGUAAUCAAAUUCCUGUCAGUGGAUUUGGGAUGCAACAAAAAACGUCCCCUCCGAGUCAACAAGGCCAUGCCACCUAUAAACAACACGACUAUCAGCGUGUCCCUGGUCAGCAAAAUCCUGUCACCGGUAAACAAACUCCUGUCACUGGAUUUGGGGUGCAACAACAAAUGUUUCCUCCGAGUCAACAAGCCCAUGCCAUCAAUCAACAACAUAACCAUCAGCGUGUCCCUGGUCAGCAAAAUUCUGUCACCGGUCAUCAAACUCCUGUCAUUCACCAGCAACAGCAGUCUUGGAAUGUUUCUGAUAAGCAAACUCCUGCCAUUGACCAGCAACAACAUUCUCUCAAAUUCUUCAAUUCAGGAUCAAAGAAUAUUGCAAAUUCUCAGGGUGCAGGUGGUCCUAACAAUAAGGGAACUGCAAGCAGUAAUGUUACAGUUGAAGCUGAGGUUUGCAAUAGCACAAAGGUUGCACGGCCGUCAUUCAAUGAAGUGAAUGUUGAAGAUAGACCUAAACCACCACUUGUGAAUUCUGAUAAAGUUUCGCUAGUAGACAAGCAAAAAAGAGGAAGGGACGUAGCAACAGGAUCCAGUUAUCCUGUCGCCCUAGAUGGUAGCCAGAUUGCUAUGAAAGUUGUGAUUACUGCGGUUGGUGCAUAUAAAAUAUCUGGGCAGAAUCCUCAGAGAACAAGCCUGCAGGGUAAAAACAUCGGUGAAGAUGGGCCAGAUAGCUGUAGAGGCAGUGAUCAAAUUCCUGAUUCUCCUGCAAAACAAAGAAUAAGAAAAGGAUACGCUUCCUGUAAUGCUGGCAAAAGUGGUGAUGCAACAGAUAAUGGAAGUUCUAAUACGGACAGCCAACAAAAAUGUCGUAUUCCAAACACAGAAAAUACUCCAAAUGAAAAUGGAGAAGUGAUCAACGGCUUAGAUCAUGAUGAGAUACAAGAAACAAGAAAAGAAGAGGAAAUGCCUCGUUCUGGAAGUGAUGCUACUGCCAGAUCUGUGGACAAUAUUCCCUGCAACAUUUCGGUUUCAUGCCCAGAUUGGGACUUUUACGACUUUCAGAAAAACAGGGAUGCAGAGCGAUUCAGAGUUGAUCAAAUAUGGGCAAUUUAUGAUGAUCAUGAUUGCAUGCCGAGGUACUAUGCUCGAAUUAAGCAGGUUUACUCUCCAAACUUCAUGUUGCGGUUCACAUGGCUAGAGCUUGAUCCUUCGAACGAUGCUGAAAAGGCAUGGUCUUCUAAGGAGCUGCCUGUUGCUUGUGGAAAUUUUAGAGUUGGUAAAACACAUUUGACUGAAGAUAUUAAUAUGUUUUCUCAUGUUGUUUCUUGGACAAAAGGGAGGAAGAGGAACAUCUAUGAGAUUUAUCCAAGGAAGGGUGAAGUGUGGGCCCUUUUCAAGGGAUGGGGCAUGAGCUGGUGUUCAGAUUCCAAUGAUCAUAGGAACUACAAUUAUGAUGUUGUUGAGAUCACCUCGGACUUUGCUAGGGGUACAAGCACUUAUGUGACUCCGUUGGAAAAGAUUAAAGGUUUUGUCAGCGUAUUUGUUCGAUCAAACAAUGAAGGACCAUUUCUGAUAGCUGAUGGUGACACACCUAGGUUCUCACACAACAUACCCUUUCACAAGUUGGCAGGAACUGCAAGCCAACGUAUCCCAAAUGGUGCUCUUGAGCUGGAUCCUGCAUCGCUACCUUCUGACUUGGAGAAAGCGUUUAAUUCUGUCGACCUUGACAGCAGUUCUGUGAGCACUAGGGGCGGUAAUGUUUCUGAAGAUGUUUUGUCUACUAGAAGCUCUAGUAGUGGUGAAAUGGCAUUUGGGAAAACCAAACUGAGUCAGGACGGUACUGCUACAUAUGUGCAGGAUGGGGUUGUUUGAAAUGAAAGAUAGUAGAUCGACAGAACGGAGUAGAGAGUGAAAUUCUUAUAUCAUUAAUGAACAGUGUUUACAUAUAUAUACAAGUUCGAGGGUUAUGAAUUAUGUCCGUUCGGGUGGAACGGUUGUUUUCAUUAGAUGCCUCUUUGAUAACUGUAGAUGGUAGUUAGAGAUGUUAAUUGAUCAUAUAUUGUUUCUCUGGAAUGUUUGUUCUUAUAUUGA